GCCUCAGUUGCCGUGGGAAACAGCCCCGGGAUCUGGGAGUGGGCGAAGUGGUUUUCCCGCCGGCGGGAGCUCUCGGGCUGCUGCGGCACCAUGGCGGACCAGCUGUACCUGGAGAAUAUAGACGAGUUCGUGACGGAUCAGAACAAGAUCGUAACAUACAAAUGGCUGAGCUAUACACUAGGGGUUCAUGUUAACCAGGCCAAACAGAUGCUGUAUGAUUAUGUUGAAAGGAAGAGGAAGGAAAAUUCGGGAGCUCAGCUGCAUGUCACCUAUCUGGUGUCUGGCAGUCUUAUGCAGAAUGGACAUUCCUGCCACAAGGUUGCAGUAGUGAGAGAAGAUAAAUUGGAAGCAGUGAAGUCCAAGCUAGCCGUGACUGCCAGCGUCCAUGUGUACAGCAUCCAGAAAGCAAUGCUGAAGGACAGUGGGCCUCUGUUCAACACCGACUAUGACAUCCUUAAAAGCAACUUGCAGAACUGCAGCAAGUUUAGUGCUAUUCACUGUGCAGCCGCUGUCCCUAGAGCUCCUGUGGAGUCUGCAUCUUCCAGAAAGUUUGAGCAGUCCAGUCUUCAGGCAAAUGAGACACAAGCCAGUAAUGAGCCGACUACCAAUGGCCACAGCCCACCUGCCUCCAAACAGGUUUCCCAGCAGCCCAAAGGAAUUCUGGGAAUGUUUGUUGCUAAAGCUGCCACCAAGACCCAAGACAGCAACAAGGAGACCAAAGCAGGAGUCAAAGAAGUAACACCGACGUCUUCUGCGGGAAGCAAAGCACCAGCCAAAGGGAACGUGAUGAGCAAUUUUUUUGGAAAAGCUGCCCUGAAUAAACUCAAAGGCAGUUUGGAUUCAGAACAAGCAGUGAAAGAAGAAAAAACAGUAGAGCAACCUCCAGUGUCUGUCACUGAACCAAAGCUGGCAGCUCCCACAGGCCUGAAGAAAUCCAGCAAAAAGGCAGAGCCUGUUAAGAUGCAGCAGAAGGAAAAAAAAUGGGGGAAGAGAGUAGAUUUAUCUGAUGAAGAAGCAAAGGAAACCGCAACCACGAAGAAAAAGAGGAGGAGAAUCAAGCUGCCUCAGUCUGAUAGCAGCGAAGAUGAAGUCUUCCCAGACUCUCCUGGGACUUACGAAGCUGAGUCACCAUCCCCACCACCUCCCGUGUCCCCACCUCCUGAUCCAGUGCCGAAGACUGAGCCUCCUCCAAGCAAGAGUUCAAAUGGAGAAAGCAGAAGAAAACGAAAACGAGUAUUGAAAUCUAAAGCCUUUGUGGAUGAAGAAGGCUGCAUAGUUACAGAAAAGGUCUACGAGAGUGAAUCUUGCACAGACAGUGAAGAGGAACUUAAGGUGAAGACCCCUUCUGUACAAAGACCUGCCACAGCUGUGAAAAAAGAGUCCAAAGAAGAGCGAAAGGGCCCCAAGAAAGGGACUGCUGCUCUGGGCAAAGCCAACAGACAAGUGUCCAUCACCGGCUUCUUCCAGAAGAAAUGAAUGCCAUCUCUGACUGGACUUGGGGUGGCCAAGGGCGAAAGCCAAGAAGUAUAGACUGUCACUUACUGUGUAAGUUCAUCUGGCUCCUCGCCCCACCAAUAUCAAAAGACUGUUCUUCCAUCCUGUGAUGCUUGUCUGUUUCUGUCCCGCCUCCCUCCCCUCCCACACCCCCACCCCCAGACAGAGUCUCACUCUAGGCCAGGCUGACCUGGAAUUCACUAUGUAGUCUCAGGCUGGCCUCAAACUCACAGCGAUCCUCCUACCUCUGCCUCCCAAGUGCUAGAAUUAAAGGCGUGCACCACCACGCCUGGCUUGUUUCUGGUUUUUAACCAAAAAGGAGUCAUCUGGAAGCAGGAGGCACAAGAAUAUUUAAAGAACUGUUACUAUCUUUUUUUUUUUUUUUUUGUGGUUUUUGAGGUAGAGUUUUGCUCUAGCCUAGGCUGACCUGGAAUUCACUAUGUAGUCUCAGGCUGGCCUCAAACUCACAGCGAUCCUCCUACCUCUGCCUCCCAAGUGCUAGGAUUAAAGGUGUGUACCAUCACGCCCGGCUCUAAUGACAUUUUAAAAGCACAAUCUUUGACCUGUCUUGGAGAAUCCAUUCCAGCAUUCAGUUGGAGCAGGUUUUAGAAUGAUCACUGUGGCCCUACCCACUCUGCACCACGAGUCUCCUGAGGUUCAGGAAGUAUGCCUGCGUGGUCCUCUGCAUCCUGUGAGCUUGUGAGAAUGUUUAUACCCAUGAAUUCUACUGGCUGUAUUCCCCCGUCCUUCUCUCCCCACAGCCACCCUGCUGUCCCCUAACCCCAUAAAGCAGUUUUCUGAAAACCUUUUAUAUCUUGGUUGGACUAAAUGCUGAAACAGCUAUCUUCCCGUAAUCAUCUUCCCCUAUUAUGCAGUACCUGACAUCUGGCUCCAGACCAGGACAUCACUUAUUUUCUACCCUUUCACAAAAGCUCUCUAGACCUGAGCUCACAAUUAGUGGUUAGGGAAGAGCUUCAGACCAAGCACAAAUAGGAAUCUGAUGAUGUAUCUGGCUCCCCAGGAAAUGACCUGAGUAGUUAGCAUGUGUGACAUUAAAGGAGUUGUGCUGCUGACACAGGCUUGUGGUA